AGAGUUAUAGCAACAGUUUUGGUUUUUCAGAUCUAGAGCUAGAUUUAGCCAAAAAAAAAUCAAUAUUCAAUAGAUCCUCUUGUGAAUGUUAAGGUUUAUCCAAUCUCUGUAACUUCACUGAUUGUUGAAGCUUCUCACUUGUUGCCGACACAGAGAGAAAAAGACAAAGAAAAACCUCAAAUUUUCUGCUGUUCCAGUUAGCAGAAGUUGAGGUUCAAGUUGGGAUAAAGUUUUGAAAUUUGAAGAGAUUUAUGUGAUAUUGAUUGAGGGUAGGGUGCAGAAAGAUGACAGCUGAGAGGUUUUGUGAGAAUGAAGAAGAUAAGGCUAAGUUGGAAUCUGUGUUGGGUGCUGAAGCUGUUGCCUUCUUUAGUUCGGCGGUUUCCAACGAUGUUUUCGCGGAUGUUAUUGUUCCGCCGAGUCCUGAUUUGGGUACCCACCAGCGGUUAUGUCACCUUGUUGAGGUGUCCAAGUGGGACUAUGCAAUUUUGUGGCAGGUUGCUGGGUUGAAAUCUGGUGGUUAUGUCUUGAAAUGGGGUGAUGGGCAUUGUCAGGAUCCGAAAGUGGGGCAAAGGAGUGAGCAGCAGGAGGAGGAGAAGGAUGGUGUCAAGAAGCAGGUGUUGCAGAAGGUUCAUGCUUGUUGUGGUGGAUCUGACUCGAAAGAUGCCAUUUUUACAAGGUUGGAUAGGGUUUCAGAUAUGCAUAUGUUUUACUUGACCUCUGCGUAUUACGUGUUUGGUUUUAAUUCCCAGUGUGGUCCUGGCAGCUCUUUUAAGUGUAGUAAAUCAAUUUGGGCUUCUGAAGCUGCUAGUUGUUUAAACCAAUAUGAGUCAAGAUCAUUUCUGGCGAAACUGGCUGGUUUUCAAACUGUUGUUUUUGUGCCUUUCAAGGGUGGGGUUGUUGAGCUUGGUUCGAAGGAAAUGAUGCCGGAAGAACAGGGUGUUUUGGAUAUGGUCAGGGCAACAUUUGGGGAAUCUAGUUCUGCACAGGGAAAGGUGUUACCGAAGAUUUUCGGGCAUGAGUUAAGCCUUGGAGAUACAAAAUCUCAGUCCAUAACUAUUAGUUUCUCUCCUAAGGUGGAAGAUGAUUCUGGUUUCACUUCUGACUCGUAUGAAGUUCAAGCGCUGGGGGUAAACCAUGCUUAUGGGAAUUCGUCCAAUGGGUGCAUAGGAGACGGUGAGGCGAAAAUGUUCCCUCAGUUAAAUCAAAUGAUUCCUGGGAAUUUUAAUCCUCAAGCUAGGGUUUCUAGUUUAGAUUUGGGUAAUGAAGACGCGUCCUCACCUCAUCUUGAUGACCGGAAGCCCAGAAAAAGAGGGAGAAAGCCUGCCAAUGGGAGAGAGGAACCACUGAAUCAUGUUGAAGCCGAGAGGCAAAGACGGGAGAAGCUUAACCAGAGAUUUUAUGCCUUAAGAGCUGUUGUUCCCAACAUAUCUAAAAUGGACAAGGCGUCUCUGCUUGGCGAUGCUAUUACACAUAUCACCGAUCUCCAGAAGAAGAUCAAGCUUUUGGAAACUGAAAAGGACAUGACUGGCAAGAAGGACCAGCAGUUGCCACUUCCGGAUAUUGAUUUUCAGUCUAGACAGGAUGAUGCAGUUGUGAGAGUGAGCUGCCCCUUAGAUACUCACCCCGUUUCUGGAAUUGUUAAAAUGUUCAGAGAGCAUCAAAUUGUAGCUCAAGAUUCCAGCGUUUCAACUGCGCAGGAUAAGGUAAUUCAUACAUUCUCCAUACGAACUCAAGGUGGGGAGGCUGCUGCUGUGCAAUUGAAAGAAAAGCUUGAAGCAUCUCUCUCCAAAAAUUGAUUUGAAAUUGUAGAUGUAGUGCAUAUCAAUGCAAACUAUGAGAAAAAACAUGUAUGAAUGUAAUGCUAGCAGACAUGACUUGAGAGUGUUUCUAGGCUACUUUUGUAAUAAGAUAUGGAGCUAGGAAUCCCUAUGUACGUGACAAAAUUAGUAAUGUUGUAGACUUGAAUUAUGUAAUGCAUGAGCUGUGAAUGUAAUAUACUCUUCAAGCUUAAGUGAAUAGGAACUGCUAUAUCAUUGGAGAA